AUGCUUUCCUGCUUGUUGUAUGAAUUAGAAAUAAUUUUACCAUUAAAAAUGAAAUGUAAAAAUUUUAUUGUUCUAUUUUUAUUAAAAUGGUGGUCGUCUAUCAGUCUUGUUCAAACACUUGAAUUGAAAAAAUUAUCAGCAUGUCAAACAAGUUUAGGCUUACAAUCCGGUCUAAUACCAGAUUCAGCUCUAUCAGCGUCGAGUAGUUAUGAUAGUUCGAGUGUUGGACCCACAGCAGCACGAAUUCGUACUGAGCAGUAUGGAGGCGCAUGGUGUCCACUAUCACAAGCAAAUCAAAUUUUAAAAGAAUGGUUAGAAAUUGAUUUUGGAAAUUUGACUUAUUUAACACAAGUUGAAAGUCAGGGUCGCUUCGACAAUGGAAGAGGAAAAGAAUUUACCGAUUAUUAUAUAUUGGAGUAUACACGAUAUUCGAAUACAACAAAAAUAGUUGAUGAAACAAAAUGGAUUAGAUAUAAACAAAAAGGUGGUAAUGAAUGGAUUCAAGGAAAUCAAAAUACAUAUUUGGCGGAAAUAAGAGUAUUAGAUCCGCCUAUUGUUGCCAGAAAAUUACGGUUUUAUCCCGUGUCAAAACAGACACGAACCGUCUGUAUGCGUGUUGAAGUAUACGGAUGUUUGUUUACGGAUGGUCUUGUUUCUUAUACAAUGCCACAAGGAAAAAUGAGUUGGAAUAAUCUCGGUGAUGAUAGUUAUGAUGGAUCAUAUUCACAAAAAACUGGAAUAUUGUCAGGUGGUUUAGGACAAUUAUCCGAUGGUAUCAUGGGUUCCGAUGACAUUUCGUCCGAACGUGGUGGAGGAUUACCAUGGGUGGGAUGGCAAAAUGACACUCAUGGCUAUAUAACAAUUACAUUUGAAUUUGAUUAUCUGAGACAAAUGAAUCGUGUCACAAUUCAUUCGAAUAACGACUUUUAUCGACAGAUACUCGUCUUCAAAACAUGUGUAUUAUCAUUUAGUAAAGAUGGUAUUAGUUUUACAAAUACGUUGGUAUUUCAUCAUCGUCGUGAUGAAAAUUUUGAUUUGGCACGACCGAUUAUUAUUGAUAUGAAAAAUAAUGUUGCAAAAUAUGUUAAAAUGGAUUUAUAUUUUGAUUCAUCAUGGAUGCUCAUUAGUGAAGUUACAUUUGAUUCCCAAAUUCUAAAUUUAAACGAAAAAGAACUGAUUUUUCAUGAUGAAUCAUUAGUAACAGUAAAAAAUGAAACAUCUGAACAAAUAAAAUCAAAUAAAGAUAUAGCUGGACAAACAGAUGCACACAUUUUCGACGAGAUAAAAAAUAUUGAAAUUCGAAAGAAAAAUCGCGAUGUUACUCUGUUAUCAACGAAUAGUCCAGUUUUAGAAUCAACAACAUUAUUUUCACAAAUUGUUAGUUCUGAAUUAUACAUCGCUUUCUUCAUAGGUGUUUCAUUAGCUAUUGGUCUAUUACUAUUAGUAACAGUUGUAUGGAUUAUUAGGCGAAAGAAAAAACUCAAAUUCCAGAAAUUAACUGAAAAACCGUUUAACACUUCUUAUGCUUAUCCAACAUUACAAAUUCGUGAAUUUCAUGAUCCAAAAUUUAACGAUAGUGAUCGCGAAUACGCCGUACCGGAUAUCGGUUACUAUUCAACAUUUUCUCAUAGUCCACAUUUAAAGUCAAAUCAUCUUCAAUCUUCCUCAUCCUACACGUGUAGUCCACGAUUACUUCGUUCAAACGAUCCAUCGACGACGAAUAAUUUGAGUAAUAAUACUUGUAUAACGAUGUUAUCACCAAAUCAACAUUGUACACAUCAUGAUUAUCACCAUAAUCAUGUAGAUAUGACUUACAAUACUACAACACUAAAACAAAAAUGUGUUCAUGAAACAAAUUUGAUACCAGUCGAAGGUGUAUGUGGAAAUUGUACAAUGAUCAAAUUAAUUAGUUCAAAUUCAACAGGAAUAGUAGCUUCGUCGUCAAUACCAUCUGAAAAUAUUAAAUUCAUAGAAAAAAUUGGUAAUGGACUCUUUGGUAAUAUUCAUAUUGGUGAAUUGUAUCAGUUAAACGAUCAACAACAAUAUCAAACGCAAACAGUUUUAAUCAAAUCAAUAAAACAUGAUGUAGAUGAAAAUACCAAAAUACUGUUUUGGGAAGAAAUGGAAUUAGAAUCAUCAUUACACGAUAAAAAUAUUAGUUGUUUAAUUGGCACAAGCAGUGGACGAACAAUAGGUCUAUUCGAAUAUGCAUCGUUUGGUGAUCUAUAUCAUUAUUUGAGAUUAAAUAAUUCGACUACAUUGGGUUACGGUAAAUUAUUGUACAUUAGUACCCAAAUUGCAUCAGCUAUGAAAUAUCUUGAAACAUUAAAUAUUGUCCAUCGUGAUCUCGCUUGUCGAAAUUGUCUCGUUGGCUCGAAUUAUAGCAUUAAAUUAACGGAUACAGCGAUGAGUUGUCCAAGUUUUACAAAUGAUUACGUUAAAUUAGGUGUAUAUAAAGCAAAAAUUGGAGUUCGAUGGGCUUCAUGGGAGACUUUAUUUUUGGGUAAAUUUUCAACAAAAACAGAUGUAUGGAGUUUUUCUGUUAUGUUAUGGGAAAUCUUUACAUACGCUCAAAAUCCUCCGUACAAUCAUUUGACAAAUGAACAACUCGUAGAACAAUUAGCACUGUUAGCGAAUAUAACGUUGGACACAUGCUCAUCACCAAUAACUUUACCACUAGUCCCACCAUUACCAUCAUCAUUAAAUUAUUUUCAACCCCUAUUGAAUAAUUACUCAACAUUAAACUUUGUUCCACUUCCACAACCGACAAUGUGUACCAAAGAAGUUUAUGAUCUAAUGAGUGAAUGUUGGCACCGAGAAGAUUCUCGACGACCAUCCUUUUGUGAUAUUCAUGCGUUUUUAAUGGGAAAAUCUUCGGGUUUUGAUCUAUCCAAUGCACUACUUGUUUCAUCUUCCUGA